AUGGCAACCAAGAUGAUGGACGACCCGCUGAAGAAGAAGCGGAAGAUCCGCACGAAGGGCCUCGAUGGCAACGACAUGGAUGACCACACGGACGAGAUUGACCGCGGCGAAGAGUCGGACGGCCGCGACGACAAGAAGAAGGAGCUCAAGAAGAUGGACCCGAAAGAGAAGGAGCAGCUGACGAUGCCGAUGGCCGCGAUGGGCAUGAUGUUCCCGAUGACGAUGAUGAUGCCCAUGAUGCUGCCGUUUGCACAGCCUGGCGCGACGGACGAGCUCCCAAAGAAGAAGAAGCGCGGUCGUCCGUCCAAGAAGAUGCUCGCCGCCGCCCAGCAAGCGUCCGCGAUCCAGGCGCAGCUCAGCGACGCGCAGCUCCAGGUACCUGUGUGGCCAUUCGGCAUGCCGCUUCUUCCGGUCGGCUUCAAGUUCCCAGUGAACAACCCGUCGACACCGCCUGUCGUCAUGGUCGCGCCCAACGGAAAGACGAAGGAAGAUGCGCUGGCCAAGACGGACGCGCUCGAGGACCACGACGACGACCACCACGCGCGUCGGUCGUCGAUCACGGACGGGUCGAUCUCGCCCGACGACAAGAGCAAGAUGCCGGCGUCGCUCGCGGACGAGCUCAAGAAAAAGGUGCGCAACAGCACGGGCAAGCCGCGCGGCCGCCCGCGCACUCGCCCGCGCCCCGGCGACAUGAUUGCCCGGCCCAAGAUCAUCAACAUUGCUCCGGCCGUCAACUACGAGCCGCUGCAGGGACACAUCGGCCACAAGAGCGACGACUCGGAUGCCAAGGCAGAGAGCGGCGACGAAGACCACGACGACCACGUCGGGGGGUUGCCCCACUCCAAGACCGACGAGGUCCCUGUCGUCGUUUAA